ACAAUUUAACAGCAUUGAACCUACCACAAUGGAGCACGAUUUGGGCUUCGAUUUGGCGGAGGCACUAGAGCGAGAAGGUCUUUCCCGGGAGGAUUUCAAAGCAUUGCGGCAUCCACCGAUCGAGGGCGUACCAAGUACGAUCACCGACAAACAGUUGGCAUGCUUCUUGGACGCGUGUGACAAGAAUAUCGAUGAAACGCGCAAAGUACUUAAAAUUUACUACGAAGCCCGUAAGAAUGGUCCGGAACUGUUCAACAAUCGGGAUCCUCAUAGCGCCUCCAUUCAGCAAUGUCUUCAGAAUCAAGAUUACUUCCCACUUCCAACAACGCCAAACGGAUAUUCGGUGGUGUUUCAUCGUUUGAAAAAUUCUCGUUCGUCCAACUAUCACUUCGAUGAAGCCAUCAAGACGUACUUCAUGACGAUCGACUCCUGUCUCUAUACGCAAGGACCACGGCCUGGGAUUAUUUUUCUGUUUGACAUGAAAAACGUUGGCCUGAUGCAUCUUACCCGAAUUAACAUGAGCUCGGUGAGGAAAUUUUUCAGCUACCUGCAGGAAGGUUUGCCCGCGAAAUUGAAAGCGAUACACGUGAUGAAUGUGGUUUCGUUUUUCGAUAAAAUUCUCUACAUUAUCAAACCUUUCAUUAAUGCGGAGAUCCUGAACAUGUUGUACCUGCACACAUCGAACGCCAAUAUGGAAUCGUUCUACGAAGAAUGGAUACCGAAAAGUGGGCUACCGUCCGAUCUGGGUGGUGAUUUAAAAUCGAUCGAUGAACUGCAUCAGGACCACCUGAAGGAGUUUGAAAAGCUGAGACCCUACUUCCUUGCCGAGGAGCGCCAACGUAACCCGGAUGCGCCCAUCAUUGAAGAAUCGACCGAGCAAAUGUUGAAGUCUCUAUCGAUAGACUAACAUGAUUUUCUUCUUCCAACGCA